GGUUCAGUUUAGGCAGUCGUGAAGUUGUUCUGGUUUAAAAACCAUAAAAUAUUUAAAUUAUUUCAGUUAUAAUUAUGUACGUUAAACGUUAUAAAUUCUAUUAUUGAUUUUUAUUGACUAAUACUACUUAUUUAUAUUUUAUUUUACAAAAAUAAUGGCUUCUAGUAACUUUUUAACAGUAAAAACGCAUUUAUCAGAAUUUAAAAGUAAUUCGGACAAAGACACGCUGAGCGAGGCUUCUGAAAGUGGAACCAGCAAUUCUGUGACGUCAGCAGAAGAUCUCCAGAAGUUAGCGUUAAUUCUUGGCUUAAACAGCGCUGAGGAUGUGUAUCAAGAAAGAUUUCGCGUGGACAGACGUCGCUUGGAGGCAAUGCUUGGCGAACAUUUGGAAGAAUCGCAGACUGCUCAGGCAUUUUUUCAUCGUGUAAUGAAUGAGACCAAUACCCUCAUCAACUGGCCUGCUCGUCUAAAAAUUGGUGCCCGCUCCAAAAAGGAUCCCCAUGUGAGAGUCGCUGGUCGGCUUGAUGAUGUGAAGCUGGCUCGAGAGAAAAUUAUGCAGUUGCUGGAUACAAGGAGUAACCGUGUUACAAUGAAGAUCGAUGUCAGCUACACGGACCACUCCCACAUCAUUGGCAAGGGUGGUCUGACAAUCAAGCGGGUGAUGGAAGAGACGGGCUGCCACAUCCACUUCCCGGAUUCCAACCGGACCAGCAUGGUGGAGAAGAGCAACCAGGUGUCCAUCGCGGGCGACAUGGAGCGCGUGGAGCGCGCCCGGGCACGCGUGCGGGCUUUGACUCCACUGGUGUUCUGCUUCGAGCUGCCGAUAGUGGCGCCCUCGCAGCCGCUGCCAGACAUCAAUUCGCCGUAUGUGCAGCAAGUGCAGGAACAGUAUAAUGUACAGGUGAUGCUGCGUAACCGUCCGAAGCUGCACGCGAACUUACUGGUCGUGAAGGGGGUGCAGUGGGAGGUCAAGGCCACCAUGGAGGCUACCAGCCUGCUCAUGAACUACAUGUGUGGCCCGCUUGCGAGCCAAACAUCAGUCCAGAUGUCGCUGGAGAUAUCGCCAAUGCACCACUGCGUGGUAGUGGGGCGCGCGGCCGAGCAACUCAAGGUCAUCAUGAAGGGCACCGGCACGCAGAUCAUGUUCCCCGACGCAGACGACCCUAACAUCCCCGCCAUCAAGAAGAGUUGCGUCACCAUCACGGGGCAGAUCAAGGACGUGUACGCGGCGCGGCAGCAGCUCGUGGGAAGCCUCCCCCUGGUGGUGAUAUUUGACAUCCCCGACGAGUCCUGCCGCGUGGACGGCGAGCACGUGGCGCGGCUCAUGCAGCAACACAACGUCUACAUCAACGUGCGCCGCAAGCCCAAGCAGGGCAUCGCCUCCGUCGUCAUCAAGGGCAUCGAGCGCUGCGCCGGCGACAUCUACGAAGCCCGCCGCGCGCUCCUCGGCGGCAAGGAGCCGGUGAUCACCGCAGAAGUGCCGGAGUCCUACAACAUCCCGGCCAUCUCCAACGCGAUGCCGAACUUCGGGAUGUUCAACCCGUUCUCGCCGACACACGCUGCCAACAUAAACAAUAUUACCAACUCGCCGUGCUCGCCGUUUAAUAUGCAAUUGCAGGAGCUGAACAACUUCAACAACCUCAACAGCCCCAUGUUCGGCUUAGGCGCCGGCGGCACGUUCGCCGGGCCGCUGUCGCCCGGCGCGCUCACGCCGCCCGCCUUCCCCGCCUGGGUGCUGCCUUCGCCGCAGCCGCAGCCCGCCUUCCACUACCCGCCCGCGGCCUACAGCGGCCCGCCAGCUUGGAGCCCUAUGAACAACAACAAUCAACCGGACAUGGGGAACUUGCAGCAACCGAUGAUGAUGCAGCAGCAAUACCAAUCUCAGCCUGAUAACAAUAAUAGACCCCAAACGCUGAGCCAACUACUGAACUCGAGCUCGCAAGCCAGCAGCGGGUACCAGAGCAACUUCACAGGCAGCUGUGUCUCGCUCGACACGCAGAAUAUUUCAGGAGGCGACGGCAGCAACGUGGUUUCUCCGUCGGUGUCGCCCAUCAGCAAGACGCACUCGCCCGCGCCCUCCACCGCCGACACCGACCGUUCACAGCAAGAAAUAACCGACCUCGCGAACAUAAUAUCGGACAUGCCGCUAUCUGAACGACGCGCGGUGGGCUGCGAGAAGAAGACCCUGGAGACACUUACCAAGCUCUCGCCUCUUUCAGAGUACCGCAAGAUCAAAGCCGACGCCCAGAAGGCAAUGCGCGAGACAGUCGGCUCCGGUUUCCGCGUACCCAAUACGCGCUGGUCCGGUUACUACUUCAGCCACACCUCGCCUGGCCCGAUUAACCUGAACGAGAACAACGAUACGAAUACUACGCCCGAGAGAGCCGAGAGAGGCUGGAACCGCUCCGAGCUAACACGGCCCAACAUAGCGGAGCCGACGCCGGCGGUGCCGGUGCCGUCGCAGAGCGCCAAGCCCUGCCGCUACCAGCAACUCUACGGCUUGCUGAGGGACGUCGGCCUGCACAAGUAUAUUGACUUGGUCAAGAAGCACGAGCUAGACUUGUCGACGUUCGCGUCGAUGAACGAGGCGGACCUCACGGAAAUCGGCGUCACGGCCUUCGGCGCUCGCAGGAAAAUGCUGCUGAUCAUUGCUGAGCUUGCAAAACAAAAGAACGCGUUCAAAGGUUCUGCCGCCCCCGGAGCCGAGAGAAAGCUGAUCUCCUCUCCGCCCUACAACACGGCCACUCUUCCCACCGACAAGUGGUAAGCCUACCCGGCUUACGCCUGUUGGCCUAAGAUGCGCGCCGUGAUACGCGGUUAUCACGCCGUUUUAUCGAUUUUGUCCAUACAUUUUGCCGUCGAUAAAAGUUAUCACGGCGCGCAUCUUAGGUCUACUGGCGUCGAGUCGACUCACAUCUGCUUCGCUCUCGUUAUAUAGAGUUGCUUGUCCUUGCGGAGCGGGGGCGCAACCAUCGAAGCAAUGUGACUCGAAUGGACGCCAGGCUUCUGCGUGACGCGGGGGCCUCACUCAACAAAUUGCAAUAUUUGAUAAAAUAGAAAACUUGUCGGCUUAUUUUUUUUAAAUAUAUCUAUUUUGUACUGUUGAUGAAACCCGUAAUAUUCUAGUGAGGCGCUCGUGUCGCGCAAAGAAUAUUCGGCUAACAGGCUUCAGUUGACGCCGCCCGGAACAAAGCGAUAAUGUGUUUGCGGUCGUGGUGAUCCCGAUCGGCUUCCUAAUGCUAAGCUUCGCAACCUCCUCAUAUUUUGAACCCUAUUAGCGGUAGAUCCGCUAUGCUCGAUGUAUUCACUUGACACGCAAGCUUGAUCAGGCGUAACGCCCUCUUAUUAAGCACAAUAAGAGCGCACUACGCCUGCCUUAAUUAGGAAGCCGGUUCCAUUUCCCACGAAAUUUUGACGGUAGACGAGCAACCGACUGAAACUGUGAAUUACCAUUCUGGAAAUGUGUAGGUACUUGAUUAACUAUUAUAAAUUGUGUAGGACGCAAUACGCCAAUAAUAAAAUAACUGAGAUUUUGAUUAUUUUUCAUCCAAACGAAAUAUUUUCUGUCGGUUGCAAUAUUUUUGUCGACUAUUCGCUUUUCGUUCCGCGGCGGCGUCUAACCCACGAAGCAACGUAAACUAUCAACGCUCAUAAGACUGAAUCCAAAGUAACUCGCAAGGAGUACUGAUUGAACCCUAGUACAAAUUAAUGAUCUCUAAUAAGGCCUCAGUGAGACUGAUUAAUACCUAAGUUUAGAGAACGAUUAACGCAGACGCGUGUUUUCAAAUCUACCUUCUUUCAGACCAUACUUACCUUUUUAUAUAAAUUAUCUUUCACGGAAGAUCGUAGAUUAUGAACAGUGACUGUGAUUUUAUGAGCUUGCUUCGCGGAUGAAUCGUUGAAUGUAUGAGAUUUUAUUGAUUCUAGUACCUAAGUUGUUUUUUAUAUAAAUUUUUAUGAUAGCUUAAAGCGAUACGACGAUUUGAUCUCUAUCAUAGACAGUUGUUGAAGUAAACUAGCCGAAUUCAGCAUUAGUUUUAAGAUAUUAAGUUAUGGAAUUUUAAUCAUAGUUUAUAAGGAGAGCAUGUUUUAUUUUUUGAUUUUUAACCCCGCAUUUUUUAUUUAGAUCUUAACUGUAUUUUUUCCGGACUUAUGUAUUUGAUUAUCAUGAUAUCUGGCUCAACUUUUUUAACCUUUGAUUAUUUUACAAUGGAAAGUCAAUCUAUUUCCAAUUAAUCUAACUUUGUUAUUAUCAGACUCCUUUUGAUGGCAUAU